AUGGCGGCCAGCUGUCGCUUCUGUGUGGCCGCUUUGCUGUUGCUCUUCUGCGGGGUUUUAAGUUUUCCGGUCGGCCAAGAGAAAAGAGACGCGAACAGCUGCGGAUACCAGGCGUGUCAUCCCACCAGGCCCUCCAUGCUGAACGUCCACCUGGUCCCUCACACACACGACGACGUGGGCUGGCUGAAGACCGUGGACCAGUACUUCUAUGGAGAUCGUAACGACAUCCAGCACGCCGGCGUCCAGUACAUCCUGGACUCGGUGGUGGAUCAGCUGCUGAAGAACCCAGACAGACGGUUCAUCUACGUGGAGACGGGCUUCUUCUACCGCUGGUGGAAGCAGCAGAGCUCCAGCAUGCAGCAGACGGUCAAGCAGCUGGUUAACCAAGGUCGGCUGGAGUUUGUGAAUGGCGGCUGGUGUAUGAGCGACGAGGCCACCACGCACUACAGCGCCGUCAUCGACCAGAUGACCAUCGGCCUGCGGUUUCUGAACGAGACCUUUGGGAUCUGUGGUCGCCCCCGGGUCGCCUGGCACAUCGACCCCUUUGGCCACGCCCGCGAACACGCCUCUCUUUUUGCACAGAUGGGAUACGACGGCUUCUUCUUCGGUCGCCUGGACUACCAGGACCGGACUCGCAGGAUGAAGACGAAGGAGCAGGAGCUCCUCUGGAGAGCCUCAGACAGCCUCACACCACCCAUGGCCGACCUCUUCACCGGAAUCCUUCCCAACGGGUACAACCCUCCAGAAGGGUUCUGCUGGGACCAACUGUGCGCCGACGCACCAAUCAGAGACGACCCAGACCUCGAGGAUUACAACGUCGACGAUGUUGUCCAGCGCUUCCUUCGCGCCGCCAAGAGUCAGGCGUUGGUGUACAAAACCAACCACAUCAUUAUGACCAUGGGCUCAGACUUCCAAUACGAGAACGCCAACCUGUGGUACAAGAACCUGGACAAGCUGAUCCGCUACGUCAACGAGCAGCAGGGCAACGGCAGCAACGUCAACGUCCUCUAUUCCACUCCAUCCUGCUACCUGCAGGAGCUUCACAAAGCUAACCUGACCUGGCCUCUGAAGAUGGACGAUUUCUUCCCCUACGCGGACAACGCUCAUAACUUCUGGACGGGAUACUUCACAAGCCGACCGGCGCUGAAACGCUACGAGAGGAUCAGCAACAGCAACCUGCAGUCUUGUAAUCAGCUGGAGGUUUUGGGCGGUCCAGUUUCCAGGAAGGGGCUGUUUGGAAAGGGUGACAGUGAGACUUUGAGGAAAGCGAUGGCUGUGGCUCAGCACCAUGACGCAGUGUCAGGAACAGAGAAACAACAUGUUGCUGACGACUACGCCAAGAGGCUAGCCAAAGGCUGGCAACACUGCCAGGUUUUGGUCAGCAACAGUUUGGCUUCCCUCACUGGCUCUUCUGCUGAAAGAGUCUACUGUGAUAACCUCAAUGUCAGUGUGUGUCCUCUAACUGAGUCCAGCAGCAAGUUCUCGCUCAGUGUGUACAACCCUCUGGGUCGGCCCGUCACCUGGCCCGUCAGGCUCCCGGUCAACGGGACGGUGUACGCCGUCACUGACGCUCAAGGAAAACCCGUGGACUGUCAGGUGCUUCCUGUGUCCAGAGCCACACAGGAAGUGAGGAGGAGCCGCGGCUUCGCCAGGAACGAGCUGGUGUUCCAGGUCCGAGCGCCUCCUCUGGGUUACAGCAGCUAUUCUGUGUCCCUGCUGCAGGACGGGCCGCCAUCGUCCUCACCGCAACGCCAGGCGCCCACCAGCAUCCAAAACAAAUUCCUUCAAGUCACCUUUGACCCUGACACUGGCCUUUUGUCCGGUCUCAGCAACCUGGAAACCAAACGGACCAUAAAGCUUUCACAAAACUUCUACUGGUACAAUGCCAGUGACGGCAACAACUACGAGAGCCGGCAGACGUCUGGAGCCUACAUCUUCAGACCAAACUCCUCCACACCCGUCAUGGUCAGCAGUAAGGCCAGAGUGGAGAUCUUUCAGAACUCGGUGGUGCAGGAGGUGCGGCAGUGGUUCACUCCCUGGGUGUCUCAGGUGGUCCGACUCUACGCCGACAGCAAAGCCGUGGAGUUGGAGUGGACGGUCGGACCGGUGCCGGUCAGUGAUGAGCAGGGGAAGGAAGUGAUCACUCGUCUGGACACCAGCAUUAAAACCGCAGAACUCUUUUACACCGACUCAAACGGCAGAGAAGUUCUCCAGAGAAAGAAAGACUUCCGUCCCACAUGGCAGCUCAAGCAAACGGAACCCAUUGCUGGAAACUAUUACCCCAUCAACUCUCGCGCCUUUAUAAAGGAUGACACGGACCAACUCACAGUAGUGACAGAUCGCUCACAGGGAGCAGCGAGCUUAUACAACGGAUCCCUGGAGAUCAUGCUCCACCGCCGGCUGCUGUAUGACGACUACCGCGGCGUCGGUGAACCCCUCGAUGAGAGUUCGGAGAUCUUCCCCGACGGCCUGGUGGUCCGCGGUCGGCUCCUCCUCUCCCUGGAGCCGCCUGCCACCGCUGCAGACACACACCGCCCCCUGGCGCAGGAAGUGGUAUCACAACCGCUGCUGUCGUUUACCGAUGGAGACCUGAACGCGAACGCACGACUGGAGUUUUCAGGCCUUCAAGCAUCGCUGCCCCCUGCUGUUCACCUCCUGACACUGAGUCAGUGGGACGAGGAGUCCGUCCUGCUCAGGCUGGAGCAUCAGUUCCAGAGCUGGGAGAGCAAAGCCAGCUCCCAACCCGUCACAGUCAACCUUCAGAAGCUGUUUUCCACUCUGGAUGUUCUGGGUGUUUCUGAGCUGAACCUCUCAGCCAAUCAGUGGAAAGAUGAGAUGAAGCGUUUCGAUUGGUCUCCUGAAAAAGAAGAGAAAGUCCUGCUGAAGACGCUUGAGGAUCCGUCUGUGUGGGAAAUCACCCUGAGGCCCAUGGAGAUCAGAACCUUUUUACUCCGGGUCACAUUUAAAUAACCAAUCAUGUCCCUCUGAUCCAAACGGUGGAUUCCUCAAAUAUCGCCUUAAAUCUGCAGUGAAAGGGAUUGGAAAAUAAUUUUCAUUCAUGCCGGCCUUUUUACUGUUUCCACUAGUGACGGGCAUUAAAUCGCACAAUUCUUCAUAUGCUGCUGUUAUCGUCUUCUUUCCAGAAAAGCAAUCGCCCAAAUUUCAGAUGAUUUAAAGACAACACUGCAGGAGUGAAAUAAAGCAGCAAAAAUAAAUAAAUGUUUGAAUGUCAAAUAAUUGCAGUCAUUUUAAAAGUUAGACCAGUCAAUCAGGUUGGAGCCACACAAUAUGAAUAAAAUCUGAAACAAUAACUUUAUCAUAACUGAAACUGCUGAUGAACAGCACACACUUCCUGUCAUAUUCCAAAAUAUAAACAAUAUUUCAUAUGAUUCCCACUACUGAAGGCUUUUUCAGUUUGCAUUCACUUAGUAUUACCAAAUUGUCUUCACAGUACUUUUAUUUCUCAGUAUGAUGCUGUUCCUGUUACCGCCCCCUUGUGGUAGCAACAAAACAUUACAAUUAGACGGCUUUAAACAGGAGGCAAUGAUGUUUGUCAUUUUCUCUUUGAAUGAUGCUGAUCAUAACUGGUACUCACACAUGAUGCCUGUCACUUUUCUUAAAAAUGAAAUGAACCUUUUAAGAUCUUUAAAUCUUUCCAACUUGGAGCAGUGACUGUUUGCUUCUGCUGCAAAGCAAAGCAGAAGCAAACAGUCACUGCUGGUUCAUCUUCACUGAAUUAUGCUGCACUAUGAGCAGCCUGUUUAAAACCCACUGUUUACAACUUUUUGUGAAUAUAGAAAUGGGCACUUUGUUUGUUAAAUUAGCUUCAGUUCAAGCUGCAGAUAUGAGAGUUCAGAGGCCAAAACCUUGUGAUUAUCUGUAGGCUCCAUCAGUGGCUCAAAAAUUAAAUCCAUUAAUGGUUUGGACUAAAACUGGAGCUGUGAUGAGGAAUAUUUUGGAUAAAAGGACAAUGUAUACAUGGAUUCAAGCAAAAUCUACUUUUUAAAUUACUUAUUCUGUAGCUAUAUAAAGAAUAUUGAGAAAAUUAGAUUGUUUUUUCAGGAAUUAUCCAUAACUGGAUAAAGAUGUAAAAUGUGAAAUUUCUAAACCAUCUGUACAUUUAUAAACAAUUUGAUGAUAUAGAUACAGAAUUAUUUCCAUGUCUGUAGAAACAAUUGACUGUCUUUGUUACCAACUGGUGCCAUAUUUUACUGACCAACAUGUGCAAUAUUUUUUCUCAUAUAUACAUGUUUUUACAGCUGAACAAGCAUCUUGUAAUAAAAUUCUGGUAAUUUG